AUCUUCCGGCGGAGACGCCCGUCCCAUCGCGUUCCACCCUGCAGGGCCCGGCCGCAGUCACGGGCCGGUGGAGCAGAGCUGGUGGGGACCUCCCGGGAGCUCAGCAUGGCUGCUGUAGCAGCAACAGCAGCAGCAGCAGCUGCCGCCGCCAAGCGAGCGCCGCUGGUUCAUGUGCGAGAUGCCUGCCCCGGAUGCUGGGUGUGGGUGGGAUGUUGUCGAAGACGGGUAACCGCAUGCGUUUUCUUGGCUUCGAUGCGCCCCCGAUCGCUGUUGCGGUAUGAUUAAGCACCGUAUCCGCCAGUCUGCGUUUCAUCUCCAUUGCUGACCUACAACGUCAGCAGUGCAUGCCAUGCUGCAGCCACCUGACCUGGAGCACUAAUGAGUUUAAAGAAUGGACUCAUCAAGGACAAGGUGUUUUACCCAUGCAGAGCGCUUUGCCAAGGGCUUAUCUGAUCUUGGUUGGCUAUUUAACAGAUGGAAGGCAAGAGGACAAAGAGAAGUUGGUAGAUGGUUGCCUAUACUUGAAAGACAAUACUGGGAUCAUUCCAUGUGAGCUCCUGCAUUUUGAACUUGAGUGGCUGGAGUCACUGUUCCUCUUCCCAAGCUGGUCAUAUAUACCACAGACAGACCAGAGCGCAGCAGGGUAUGUGGAAAUCCUGGUGGAUCCGGUGCCAGUAAAUCUCCCAGAGGAAGUACCUGACAGCAUUCCAGUCACCUAUCCAGCAUCAGCUGAGCCACUGCUUACCUCCAGGAUUCCAUGUAAGAAAAGGUCAAAGCUCACUGUGGCGGGUGAAUUGGCUAGACUCGGGCCUCUCCUUUGUAUUCACCAGAAGGCAUUCUUCUUUCUGUUUCUGAAAUGCUUCACUUCAACUGUUUGGGUCCCUGUGCUGGUGCAGAAGCCCAACCAGAUGGCAUGGCAUCACGUCCUCCAUUUGGGUCGCAGGUACACAAUAACAGGCCUGAGUGUGUCCAGCCUGAAGAAAUCUGGACAAAGGAUGUUUGUCACUGGUGUUUCUUCCUGCCUUCUGCCCUACUGUGCAGAGCAGGUGAGGGAGCAGCCACUGGACAGUGCUUGGCAAGGAGAGUCCACUCAGUCAUCUUCCUUUGGGACUCCUGAGCAGCUCAGUAAUUCCUUGGAGCUGGGAGUUGAAGACGAGAGGCCAGGAUCAAUCAAAGAGUCCAAGAUCAUCUCAUAUGUGGGAACUGUCACCAAAAUACUCAAUGUCCAAGCUGGUCUCUUUUUACUGGAUAACAAAGUCUGCUUGUGCCUUGCUUACCAGCAGUUCUUGAACUCUGCACGUGGACUCCGACCAGGAGCAUGUGUGGAGCUCAUCGAUGUCCACCUCCUGCAGAAGCCUCUGGUAUCCUUCCCUUUCAUUGUUCUUGGUGCUUGCCUGAGCAGCACUGUUGUGCUGAAGAGUUUUUCAAGGCUCAGCACCCCCUACCAGCCACCAGCUUCUUCAGGAAAUCUCUACUUACAGCUGCUCUUCCGCUACAACCUUGGUAUGCCACUCUACCUCUGGCUGGUGAGCCUCCUGGAGACAUUUGAAGAGAGGUUUUCUUGUUUCUUUGGGCGUCGUCGACUGUUGCUUAGCUCUACGCACCGAAACCCUGGAGCUGCUGAGAAGUUCCUUGUCCCCCUUCUGCAAGCUGUAGUGCCAGAUAGAGAGAAAGCGAGAGAUAUUUAUAAUGAAAUCCUAGCAAAAAUACACCAGUGUCCCCUGCAGAAGUAUUUGACCCUGAACCCCCCGUGCCAGGCCCCAUCUCUGUCUGCAGUUUUCCAUGUGGCAGAACAGAAGAGCUGGGAAGGUUUCAGUCCAUCACAGCUGCUUUCCCCCUUGGAGGCACAGCACAUGGGGACCCAGGAGCUGAAUCGCAGACUGUCCUGGUCCUACUGCACACUCUCAGCAGGAAGCUUCCAGCCCCGAUUGAUACUACUGGGUGUGCUGAGAGUCUCCUCCAGGAGCAGUUCCCUCCAGCUGCAGGACAAGAGCAGCACGCUUCCCUGCGUGAUAUCCCAUAAGGAUGGUAGCCCCUUUGCCCAUACAGCUCUCAUAGGAUCACUCUUGCAGGUGGAAAACUACCAGCUUGUAGUGGAGAGAUUCCUUCAGACUGAUUUUCCCUCCUGGAAGCAGCUGUCAAAUCUGGAGCAUGUGAGGGAGAAAAAAACCAGUGUCUAUGUGCAGUUCUACUUUGAGGAUGUUCAGGUUCUCCAUGCUGCUGAAGGACAAAUCCAGAAAGCCCUUAGGAGAGGAAACAGCUCCUCUUUGAGGAAGAAGGACGAUGACAGCUUAACAUCUGAAGUGAAAACCCCAGAGGCAAAAACAAUGAAAUUGGAGGAUCCCAAGCCAGAUACUCACAGAGCUGAGAACUGUCAGAAGGGCCAGAGCAGCACUAGAGCAACCAGCUGUGUAUCUCACCUAUUCUUGGUUACCCAGAAAGAGGGUCUUAUGUUACGCAAUUACCAACUACCCAGAGAAGAAGAUGGAGAAGGACAGGACCUGCAGCGCAGUUUCCAGGCCACAGUGCUAUGGCUGGGCAGACCUCGGCUCUGGAGCCACCACACAGAAACCGGGAAUCUACCGGAGCUGGAAGAGAGCAGCUGCGAUGGAAAAGAGGGCAUGACACGGCAAGAAACACUACUGCUCUUCAUGGGGAAGUCUCUACGAUGGUUUCCAUUUCUGCAUCUGGAUGGGCUGUAUCGCUUCAUUGUGCCCCACUGCUCGGACUUGGAAGUGUUUGACAAGCUCUGUUUUCCACCUGUGCCAGCGAAGUUCCUGAGCGGGUCAUCCUGCCCCCUGUGCCUGCCUGUCCAAGAUACCUGGCACUUACAGCAUGAAACAUGGAUCUCCUGUCUGAGUGAGCACCAGCUGGCAACCAGGUCGAUGCUGAGAGGCAUGAACCAGAGAAUUUCCUCCAUUCCAGAAGUAAUUAGCAACAGUUUCACAGGUUCCCUGGUUUCUUUCUCUGGUGAGAUAGUGGAGAGGACUCUGUGUGCCUCUCUCAAGAAUGGGAAGCCAUCUGUGACUCUCGGCCUUCAAAAGCAGAAAGGGAGUCUGCUAGACGGUGAUCACAGCGUGAAGCUCAGCGUCUCAGUUGCUCCAGGCUCCCCUGUUGUGGUGGACAUCUACAUUGCUGCCGCCUAUCUGCAGCAUCUCUGGGGUUUGCUACCGGGAGCCAAGAUCUUCUUCCAGAACUUGGAACGCAAAAUCUCCAGAUUCCAUAAUGUUUAUUGCACGUAUAUUGCCACCAGCUGUGUAAGCAUCGUAUCUCUGCCAGCUUCUCACCUAUCUUUUCCUUCAAGUCCUGCAGGAGAAGCCUCAUCCCCCUCGCUAGUGUUUCUAUCCAACUUGCAAGCUCACCUUCAACACCUGCCCCAGGCACGGAUUUUAUGCCACUUGUCCUGUGUACUGACUCUGUCCCUGCAAUGGGUUUGCUCGCUUUGCAGCAGCAUCUUCAAAGAGGGCAGGUGCACUCGACACAGUCCACCAUGUCCGUCACACACAGGAGUGAGGCAAGCCAGUGCACGGGUGUUGGUGGAAGACGGAACGGGUGAAGCUUUUGUGCUGUGCAGGAACCAGCAAGUCGCAGCAAUGCUGGGCCUGAGCCUUGUCGAGUGGGAAGCUCUGCAGAACUGCGUGCAGAGCAGAGGCAGAGUGUCCAUUCAGCAUGGGGAGGCUACUGGCACGGGGUGUGUAGAGGAACCUGAGGAUUUUGUUGCUUGCUACCUAAGGAGCCUGUGCAGGAGUCCUCUCAUCUGUCGCCCCAUCCUGCUGGAUUUCAGGCUAGACAGGAAGCCCUCCAAGAUCCUGCAGCCUGAGCAAGGUUCCCCAUCGUUGUAUGGCAGGGGGUUCUGGCCAGCCAGAGUUACUGUGCAGACCUCUCAAAUCAAGUGGGUUUUGACUUCAGACAGGACAGCAGCUCCACUGCAGCUGAGAAAUUUUCGGUGCGGUGAAAUGGAGUUUGUGUCGCAAGUGGGACCUCGGCUGAGCCUGCUGUGCCUGAAUGUGGAGGAAGUGGAACAAGGCGCCUUAAACUAUCUGAACAGUGAGAGGAUUAGGAGGGCAUCUUGUCACUGCUGAGUGGGAGCCACUGCUUAGCAUCUCUCCCAGUGGGAGAGGAAAUACGGAAAUACCUACUGGGAUCGGGACUUUUUUUUUAAUCCCCUUUCCAGUGGGAGCACGAGCCUGUGAGCACAGGGUGAAGGGUGUAGUCAAGAAGCUGCUGUGACCUGUGGAAUUCCUGAAUGGUCAUUCUGGACCAUUGCUACCAGUGAAACUGGGCAAUGUUUUGGAAGAGAGAUGUUCAAUACUUUGGACCUAGGGCACACAAUGCGUGUAUUUUAUGUGGUAGUAUCUACUAAAUAAAGCUAUUAAAAUACA